UAUGACCAUUCUUUCCUUGCUUGAGCAGUGACAACCAAGAGAAUCAUAUUUUUACAGGACUCAAUUAUCCCCACUAACCCUGAGAACGAUGAAUAACCUCUGGAAAACACUGAUCCUCCUGAUCGCCUUCGUCGCUGCAAGUGCUUCAGCACAUUGCUUGACCUGCCGUACCUGUCCAGUCAGCAUCCUGGGGAACUGCCUGCUUCCAACUGACACGGAAUGUGCCAGCCACACACAGACCUGCUUCUUUGGAGAAGCAAGAUUCAAUGCCCCUGGUGGGGCGACCCUGAACUUUCGCGGCUGCAUAGAGCCUAGCGCGUGUAACCAGACGCUGACUGCCAGCGUCUUUGGGGCCGUCUACACCAGUACUACCCGGUGCUGCGGGUCGAACCUGUGCAACAGCGCCACCACUAUGCAGCUGCCUCUGACUGUGGCCGUCUUCACUGCUGUCCUGUCUUCACUCUGGAGCCUCUGAGUUGUCGUCCUGUAUGAUCUCUUUCACUGCCCAAAGCUGAUUCUUGCUUGAUUGUUUGAUAUGAUCUAUCUCAUCACUGAGAUCAAAUGAAAAUAAAAUAUAUUUUAUUCUAAAUUCGUCCAAAUAAAACAGUGGGGACCUGGGA